GCCGCUUCAUACGGAGUGCACCCGUUAUCACGGCUACUGGAGGUAGCACAAUAAGAACCUGUCACUGGUUCACCUGGCGUUCCCUGGGCCGUCUUGCCACGAGUGUACAUCGGGACUGGACCCCCACAAUACCGGGUUGUCGGAGGUUCGGCCGGAGCUCUUCCUGCAUGAUCAAUCACUUCCUCACAUAACUCUCCCUCUUUCUCCCCGUCUUCUUUCAUUAUCUUUUUCCUUCCCAGCUUCCCUGCAACCCAAGAUAGAGAUACACCCCGAUCCUUUUUUUAGACAAUUUUCAACCUUUAUAAUCACCCUGGGGCGGCAUAGCUGAAGUGAUAUCCUUUAGCUCCAUUCCCUAAUUGAAUCGCAACAUUAGCGCUCUCUGUCGGUCGCCGACGGAAGAAAUGGGACUCCCAGAAAUCGCACAUGAUUCGAUUAUCGAAGAGGAGCAGCCGUACGUGUACUCGGAGUACAAGUCGGAGAAGGGGUAUGGCUGGGCAGAGGCCUUGCCCCAACGGCAAGGUCUCUAUGACCCUGAGCUAGAGAAAGAUGCCUGUGGUGUAGGGUUUACAGCGUGCGUAAAAUUGGGUCCAAAGCAUUUGGGGCGGUGGCUCAUUACCUUAGACCUGAUACGUCAGACUGACUCCCGUUGGCGUCGAUUAGCACGAUACCUUCUUUGCAACAUGACCCAUCGAGGGGCAGUAGGGUCAGAUGCACGAGACGGUGACGGCGCUGGUGUUAUGACUAGUAUACCUCACAAGUUCUUCAUCAAACACUUUGCCCGGGACGUUGGGGUAGAACUCCCGCCUCUAGGCCAGUAUGCAGCGGGCAACCUAUUUUUUAAACCAGAUCCUGAAGCCCUUAAAGAGUCGAAAGCCAUAUUUGAAGACUUGGCUAGGUCGCUGGACCUUCGCGUUUUGGGAUGGCGUGAAGUUCCUCGUGAUUCGACGCUUCUUGGCCCCGCAGCAUUGUCUAGAGAGCCAUAUAUUAUACAACCAUUUGUUGUACUUCAUUCCGCUUAUGGCGAUGGGAGCACCCCAGAUCGCCGCCAUGCGGAAUUGUUUGAUGAAAGAACGUUCGAAAGACAACUUUAUGUCUUGCGGAAACGGGCGACUCAUGUUUUGGGUUUGGCCAACUGGUUCUAUAUCUGCUCCUUGAGCAACAAGAACAUUGUUUAUAAGGGUCAGCUUGCGCCCAUCCAGGUUUAUGAAUAUUAUCAUGAUCUUCUUUCAGUCGAUUAUGAAGGCCAUUUUGCACUUGUCCACUCCCGAUUCUCGACAAAUACGUUUCCGUCGUGGGAUCGUGCGCAGCCGUUGCGAUGGGCCGCUCACAAUGGAGAGAUUAACACCUUGCGCGGGAAUAAAAACUGGAUGAGAGCUAGAGAAGGUGUCUUGAGGUCUGACAUUUUUGGCGACGAGCUUGAACAUUUGUAUCCAAUCGUCGAAGAGGGCGGUUCGGAUUCUGCUGCUUUCGAUAACGUGCUCGAACUGCUCACUAUUAACGGAGUAUUGUCUCUGCCCGAGGCGGUCAUGUUGAUGGUUCCCGAAGCAUGGCAGGACAAUCCAGCGAUGGAUUCUAAAAAGGCUGCUUUCUAUGAGUGGGCUGCCUGUUUGAUGGAGCCGUGGGAUGGCCCUGCUCUCUUCACCUUCUCGGACGGUCGCUAUUGCGGUGCGAAUCUCGACCGAAAUGGUCUUCGUCCCUGUAGGUACUAUGUCACCGAUGAUGACCGUAUCAUCUGUGCUUCGGAAGUAGGCACCAUCGCCAUUGACCCGGAGCGCGUUAUCGAAAAAGGGCGAUUACAGCCUGGAAAAAUGCUCCUUGUUGACACAGCUGCCGGGAGAAUCAUCGAUGACAGGGAAUUAAAGAGAACAGUGGCGAAUCGCCAGCCUUUCCAGGAUUGGAUCGAGACACAUUUGCUCAGCCUGCCCAAAAUUCAUAAAAAGGCCGCCGAAAAGGGUAGUCUAGCACCCGCACUGGAUGACACCACCAUUCAACAGGACCCGCGGCUCAAGGCUUUUAGCUACUCAUUUGAACAAGUUAGUCUUCUGCUCGGCCCCAUGGCCGCAGAUUCUAAAGAAGCUCUCGGGUCCAUGGGGAACGAUGCUCCGCUGGCUUGUUUGGCGCAGCAGCCACGUCUUCUGUAUGAAUACUUCCGCGAGCUUUUUGCUCAAGUCACAAAUCCGCCGAUUGAUCCUAUCCGCGAAGCAAUUGUCAUGUCUCUGGAAUGCUACGUUGGGCCUCAGGGAAACUUACUAGAAAUCGAUCCCUCUCAGUGCGAUCGUCUCCAUCUUCCUUCACCCAUUUUAUCGAUCGAUGAGUUUAAUGCCCUGAAGAUGCUGCCAACGUUGCAUCGUGAGUGGACAGUUAAAACCAUUGACAUCACUUUUGAAAAGUCAAAAAGCAUACAAGGAUACAUCGACGCUUUGGAUGAUAUUUGCGCCGCUGCUACCGAGGGCAUUGCGAACGGAGAUCGCAUCCUUGUCCUGUCAGAUCGUGCCACGUCUGCGGAUCGGGUGGCCGUGUCUGCGCUCCUCGCUACUGGUCUCGUCCAUCAUCAUCUUGUUCGCAAUAAAUGGAGAUCUCUAGCUGCCAUUGUUGUGGAGACUGCUGAGGCUCGUGAAGUCCACCACAUGUGUGUGCUCGUCGGGUAUGGCGCCGAUGCCAUUUGCCCGUACUUGGCCAUGGAAUGCAUCUUGAAGAUGAACCGUGAGAACUUGAUCAGAAGGAAGCUUUCCGAUGAGCAAGUCAUCACAAACUAUAAGACCUCGUGUGAGGGAGGGAUUCUCAAGGUCAUGAGCAAGAUGGGUAUUUCCACACUGCAGAGCUAUAAAGGAGCUCAGAUAUUUGAAGCGUUGGGCAUUGACGAUAGCGUUAUCGAUCGUUGCUUUGCCGGAACGCCCAGCAGAAUUCGAGGAAUGACGUUCAAACAGAUCGCCCAGGAUGCAUUUGCAUUCCAUGAACGAGGAUAUCCCACCCGCCAGAUCACCCAGAUUCCUGGUCUUCCGGAAUCUGGUGAAUACCAUUGGCGAGAUGGCGGCGAAGCCCAUAUCAACGAUCCCGUCAGCAUAGCCAAUAUCCAAGACGCCGUGCGGACCAAAAACGACAAAUCAUACGAAGCGUACGCACGAUCAGAACAUGAGCAGAUCAGGAAUUGCACACUCCGUGGACUGCUCGACUUCGACUUCGAACAACGUACUCCUGUGCCAAUUGAACAAGUUGAACCAUGGACUGAAAUUGUCCGUCGUUUCGUCACUGGCGCCAUGUCCUAUGGCUCCAUCUCUUACGAAUCGCACUCGACGCUCGCCGUUGCCAUGAAUCGCCUUGGUGGUAAAUCCAACACUGGCGAGGGUGGAGAAAAUGCCGAACGGAGCAAGAUCCUCGAAAACGGGGACACCAUGAGAUCUGCCAUCAAGCAGAUCGCUUCAGGCCGCUUCGGUGUCACUUCCGCAUACCUGGCCGACGCCGACGAGCUGCAGAUUAAGAUGGCGCAGGGUGCCAAGCCCGGCGAGGGCGGAGAACUUCCCGGCUCCAAAGUCACGGGACCGAUCGCACAGACGCGCCGCUCCACCCCUGGAGUCGGACUCAUCUCUCCGCCACCACAUCACGACAUUUAUUCCAUCGAGGAUCUGAAGCAAUUAAUCUACGACCUGAAAUGCUCUAACCCUCGGGCACGUGUUUCCGUUAAACUUGUCUCCGAAGUCGGUGUGGGCAUCGUUGCUUCUGGUGUCGCAAAGGCUAAAGCAGACCACAUUCUCAUCUCCGGCCAUGAUGGAGGAACGGGUGCGUCCCGAUGGACCGGUAUCAAAUACGCUGGUUUACCGUGGGAGCUGGGUCUUGCCGAGACUCAUCAAACUCUUGUCCUGAAUGACCUUCGAGGUCGCGUUAUCGUGCAAACUGACGGCCAGUUACGCACCGGUAGAGAUGUCGCCAUCGCAUGCUUGCUUGGAGCCGAAGAAUGGGGCUUUGCCACGGCUCCAUUGAUUGCCAUGGGUUGCAUUAUGAUGCGCAAAUGUCAUCUCGGCACCUGUCCAGUUGGUAUCGCGACACAGGAUCCUGCCUUGAGAGAGAAAUUUGAGGGAACACCCGAGCACGUCAUCAAUUUCUUCUACUAUGUAGCCAACGAGCUUCGCGCGAUUAUGGCUAAACUAGGUAUGCGGACUAUAAAUGAAAUGGUUGGCCGUGCGGAGCUCCUUAGGAUCCGUGAUGAUUUGCCCUCCCCAAAGCUGGAAAACAUCGAUCUCUCGCUCAUUCUAACUCCUGCUCAUUCUCUCCGACCGGGAGUCGCGACCUAUAGUGUUCGGAAACAGGAUCAUCGUCUCCAUGUUCGAUUGGACAAUAAACUUAUAGCCGAGGCCGAACUUGCAUUGGAGAAGGGCCUUCCUUGCCGUGUCGAGUGUGAUAUUGUUAAUACCGAUCGUGCAAUGGGCGCUACUCUCUCCUACCACGUAAGUAAACGAUACGGCGAUACCGGGCUUCCGCAAGACACUAUACACGCAAAUAUUAAAGGUUCUGCUGGUCAAUCUUUCGGUGCUUACUUAGCCCCUGGCAUUACCCUGGAGCUUGAAGGUGAUGCCAAUGACUACGUCGGCAAAGGUUUGUCCGGCGGCCGUCUCAUCGUCUACCCGCCUCGUGGGGCCGUGUUUAAAGCUGAGGAAAAUAUCAUCAUUGGAAAUGUCUGUUUGUAUGGUGCCACUGGAGGCAGCUGUUAUUUCCGUGGUGUGGCGGCCGAGCGCUUUGCUGUCCGUAACUCAGGAGCUACUGCAGUCGUUGAAGGUGUCGGUGACCACGGCUGCGAGUAUAUGACGGGCGGUCGGGUUCUUAUUUUGGGUUCUACCGGCCGUAACUUUGCAGCUGGUAUGUCCGGCGGAAUUGCCUAUGUGCUAGACAUGAAUGGCGAUUUCCAUACUAGGGUCAAUACGGAAAUGGUUGAGCUUUCCGGAAUAGAAGAUCCCGCGGAAGUUGCAUCUGUUCGCAGCCUUAUUGAAGACCAUCACCAUUAUACCGGCUCCGAAAUUGCAGCUCGAAUCCUUUCUGACUUUGCUCGGGCGUUGCCUCACUUUGUCAAGGUCUUGCCCACUGACUACAAGCGGGUUUUGGAAGGAAAAGCCACGAAGAAGGCUGGUGCAAAGAAAAUCGCCUUUACCCGCGCUCAGUCGCCCAAUCUUGCUUCAAAGGAGCACCGUGAGGAAGCGAAGAAAAGUGAUAUUCUCGAUAUUGAGGAUAGCAUUACUGAUUCCAAAACCGAGAAAAAGCGCACAACUUUGAUUCUUGAUAAGACCAAGGGUUUCAUGAAAUAUCACCGUCACAAUGAGAAAUACCGAAGCUCCAAAACUCGAACGCGAGAUUGGGCUGAAUUGUCCCAACGCCUAAACGAGGACGAACUCAAAUACCAGUCUGCUCGCUGCAUGGACUGCGGUGUCCCAUUCUGCCAAUCCGACACAGGUUGUCCGAUCUCCAACAUUAUCCCAAAGUGGAACGAGCUAGUUUUCCAGGACCAAUGGCAGGAUGCACUUAAUCGUUUGCUUAUGACAAACAAUUUCCCCGAGUUUACGGGUCGUGUGUGCCCUGCUCCGUGUGAAGGCGCAUGUGUUCUUGGUAUCAAUGAAGAUCCCGUUGGCAUCAAAUCGAUUGAAUGCGCUAUUAUUGACCGUGGAUUUGAGAUGGGUUGGAUGGUCCCCAAGCCACCUCCGGUUCGCACAGGCAAGACCGUUGCUGUUAUUGGUUCUGGUCCGGCUGGCCUUGCUGCGGCAGAUCAACUUAACCGUGCCGGCCACAGUGUUGUUGUCUACGAGCGCGCCGAUCGUAUCGGCGGUCUUUUGAUGUACGGUAUUCCGAACAUGAAGCUUGAUAAGAAGAUCGUUCAAAGACGUGUUGAUUUCAUGGCCGCCGAGGGUAUCAAAUUUGUUGCAAGCACGCCCGUUGGGCCAGACUGUGAUGUGACUUUACAAUCUCUGCGGAAAGGAAAUGAUGCUGUCAUCAUCGCUACCGGUGCAACAGUUGCUAGGGAUCUCAAAAUUCCCAACCGUGAGCUGCAGGGUAUCCACUUCGCUAUGGAAUUCCUCCAUAAGAAUACCAAGUCUCUUCUUGACUCCGAGCUCACCGAUGGCGCAUACAUAUCCGCGAAAGGUAAAAAUGUUAUCGUUAUUGGAGGCGGAGACACGGGUAAUGAUUGCGUUGGAACUUCAGUUCGUCAUGGCGCCAAGUCUGUCACCAAUUUUGAACUUCUUCCACAGCCUCCCCCAGAGCGUGCUGGUGAUAACCCUUGGCCCCAAUGGCCACGUGUAUAUCGUGUGGACUAUGGUCACAGCGAAGUUAAGGCGCAUUUCGGUCAAGACCCUCGCGAGUAUUGCGUCAUGUCCAAAGAAUUUGUCGGCGAUGAACAUGGCAACGUGAAGGGUAUCAAUAUCACUCGCGUUGAAUGGACCAGGAGCGCUUCUGGAGGCUGGGACAUGAAGACAGUUGAAGGAAGUGAGCAAUUUUUCCCUGCAGACCUUGUCCUGCUCUCCAUGGGCUUUUUGGGCCCCGAGGAACGUGUUCUAGGCAAUGAGGUAGAAUUGGAUGCCCGUAAGAACAUCAAGACACCUGCUGGUCAAUACAGCACCAAUGUCCCCGGCGUGUUCGCUGCAGGAGAUUGCAGACGCGGGCAGUCACUGAUCGUCUGGGGUAUCAACGAAGGACGUCAAGCUGCCCGUGAAGUCGACUCUUAUCUCAUGGGCUCAUCGUCCCACCUUCCUGUCACUGGAGGCAUUGUUCGCCGCUCCGCUAUUGACUCUGUGCCAGUGACACCUCAACCUCAAGUUCAACCGGUUUUUGCGUAGAGAAGUGAUCAUGGCGGAAACGCAUUUCUACCCGCGUAGUAUCACUCUGUGUUCAGUCACAGUCUAGGCAUCCUCGUCUCUUAUCCCAAUUUUUGAUGUAUUGGCUGAUUUCAAACAUCUUCACGUGUUUCCAGCAAUUUCUCUCCCUCUAUAUCCUUUUUGCGUUGGGGUGUUAAGAUACCUAUUCUUCAUCGAAAGCAAGCAACUGAAAAUUCUGGGACUAUUUAUCAAAGAAGUGUAUUAUCAUACUUGUUCUAGGCAUUGAAACAUAUACCCUCUGCUUUCGCGCCUUGUCAUUUCAUAAAUAUAUACACGCAUCCUGGGCCUUCACAAGGUUGCGGACUAAAUGUUGUUGUGUCCUUGUGCGAUCCCCCGGAUGAGUGAUAAAUGUAGAAUUUGAUUGAGGCUAUGUAUGUAC